AUGGCUGACGACGCCUCCUACGCCGCAUUUCUCGACAAAGCAAACGCUGACCCUAAAGCCGGGCAUGAACAGUCUGAGUCGACGUCCCAGGCACGCACCAAGUUUGAUCCUACCACCACAUCGCAGCUCGAGGCAUUGCCAGCGUCGCUGAAAUCGCUGCCCGAAGUGACGUACACUUCAGACACCGAUGCGCCCUUUGAGCCGAUAACCCUGAAUUAUGCGGGCAGCAAAUUGCCUAGUGUGGCCGAGUUUGAGAAGUCUCUUGGGCUGAAAGGCAAAGUGACAGGGUCUGUGGAAGAGUUGACGACAGAAGAGUUUGAUCCCAGAGGGGAAUACCGGGAAAUCAUUGAGAGGGUCGCGCAGGCAGCGAAGGGUAAAGAUGUGGGUGUUAAGUUAUUCAGAGUUGAGAUUAGCCAGACGAGAGCGGAAUAUUAUAUUCUCACUGUAGGGGACAGGGCGCUCGUGGGUGUUGUUGUGAAGGCAGUCGAGAGCUAG